AUGAAUGCGGCCUUCGUUUUGUUAUUUUUUGGGUUAUCAGAGGCGAUCACGAUGGAGUGUCGGAACUUAGCGACAAACGUCGACAAAACCAAAUUCCAAUGCCUUCCCCGCUACUUUGCAUACAUUUUCCCGCUUGUCAAAAGCCUGGGCGACGUUGAUAUGCAAAAACGAUUGUUCGAAGCCUCAAAAGAAAUUGUCACAACGUGUAGCCAACAUAGUACAGCUCAAAAUGAGAGCUACGUCGCAUUUCCAAGUCGCACAUGGCGAAUCGAUCGGAAUGAUGAAUUUUACAACAUGACUGAGCUUUUGGCAGAGAAGAGCGUUGAUGGACCGAUUUAUCAAUAUAUCGUGCAAAAUGAUACAAUCCAGACCCUAGAUGAUAUGAGGGAAUUAUUGGUCUGUUUCUUGAAUCGUGAUGUUGUCGAAAAACCCGAAGUUCAGCCGGCCGUAAUUUUUCUGUUUGCGCUCGAUUAUGAUGAAAUUAUAAGCCAAUAUAACAUUACUACCGUGUCGGCUUUUUGGGAGGAUGUCAUGGGAGAAUUUGUUAAGAACGAGGUUAUAGUCCGGGUUGUUAUAGUUCAGGAUAGUUCCUUGUCGAAGACGGUUUCCGAGCUGUUCAGCGCCAUCGAGAAGAAAUACACCGGAUGGUUCAAUUUUACAGCUAACCCGAUGACCGACAAGAAUUACAUCCAGAAAAAUUAUGGCAUGUGCGAGGUUUUGGAGAAAAAGGCUGGUGGGAGAACCGGAGGUGUCGUGCUGGCAUUCAUGAUUUGUUCUCUUGGUUAUGUGUUUUCGAAUUCGAAUAAA